GUUUCUUCUCCCAACACAGCUAUCAAAUUGUGUAGUGUCCAAACAUGGUUGUCACCAACAAUGUAACGCUGCCUACCGAAGAGGAAUUAACCGUACCCGAGGUGAAUCUAUCCACGGCAGCCUUACGUGCCGGAGCUUUCCAUUUGGGUAAGGCCUGUGAACAUCAAAAUAAUGAAUUCAUGCUGUGCCGCCAGGAAUUGGAUGAUCCCCGGGCCUGCUUGAAUGAGGGAAAAGCUGUUACCAGUUGUGCUUUGGAUUUCUUCCGUAAAGUCAAGAAGAGCUGUCACGAAGAAUUCAUGCAGUAUGCCACUUGUUUGGACAAAUCCAGUGGUACUAUGUCAUUUAGCCACUGCCGCAAAACACAAGGUGUUUUCGAUAAAUGUAUGAAGGACAAUUUAGAUUUGGAUCGUCCAGAAUAUGGCUACUUCGCUAGAGCUAAGAUUCAUGCCACUGAUCGUCCCGCACCACCCAAGCCAGAAAAGAAAAUCUAUCCAGAUGCUACACCUGGCUUGCCAGAAGAUUAUCCCAAGGCUCCUGCCAAAUAUGGUGCCCGUUUCCAUUGGUUGGAAUAAAAG